CAUUACCAGUAGGCUGAUCUACAAAGUCAUGGCAGGUAACCCUAUUACUACUACCACUGCUGAGGAUGACCAGAAUGCUACCAGUCUUGGGUUUGACACCCUGGUCCAACAUGCAGGACAGGGACCUGAACAUUGGUGUACCCAGAAUGCUCUAGUCCCCCCUAUUGUGACAUCUACAACAUUUCUGCUGCCAGGAAUAAGAGACAAGUGGAUUGACUUGCCAUAUGUUUACUCAAGGCAGGGUAACCCGACUAGGAAUGCCUUUGAAAUUUGUAUCGCUUCAUUGGAUGGGGCUAAACAUGGUAUCGCUUUUUCAUCAGGUGUGACAACUGCUCUUGCUGUUACCAUGGCAUUUUUGAAAACUGGUGAUCAUAUAAUUUGUGGAAGUGAAGUCUAUGGUGGAAUAUCUGACCAGUUUCGACAAAUCACUUCUAAGAUGGGCAUUGAUGUGUCUUUCAUUGACACGACUGAUCCAAAGAAUGUUGAGAAAUCUAUUAAGACAAAUACCAGGAUGAUUUGGUUAGAGACUCCUAGUAAUCCAUGUUUGCGUAUAACCGACAUCAAAGCGAUUGCCGUUAUCGCUCAUCAACAUCCAGAUCUUUUCUUAGCUGUUGACAACACAUUCAGCUCACCAUAUUACCAGAAACCUCUUGAGCUGGGAGCCGAUCUCUGCAUGGCGUCAGUUACAAAAUACAUUAAUGGCCACUCUGAUGUCUUAAUGGGAAUACUUUGUACAAAUAACGAUGAAUUUAAUGAAAAACUGAGAAAUAUGCAAUUAUUAACUGGUGGCGUUCCCUCACCGUUUGAUUGUUAUCUUGCAAACCGUGGUGUGAAAACACUACCUGUUAGAAUGGAAAGGCAUCAACAAAAUGCAUUUGCUGUGGCUAAUUUUUUGCAAAAGAACCCCAGAGUUGAGAAAGCCCUUUAUCCAGGAUUGCCAAAUCAUCCACAAUAUGAACUAGCAAAGAAACAGAUGAAAGGUUUCAGUGGCAUGGUUUGUUUCUGGUUGAAAGGAGGAUUUGAUGAAGCUGAAAUAUUCUUAAACAAAUUACAGCUAUUCAAGAAUGCAGCCAGUCUUGGAUCAGUCCAUAGUCUUGCUGAACAUCCGAUAACUAACAAGUAUGAUCACCUAUUUUCUAAUCAGAAAUAA